GUCGAGCUCUUCCUAGUAGCUCCCAAAGACGCAAGCAGAGCUGAGGCUGAGCAAAGCAGAGCACUCUCCUCCGGCCGGCUGACCCGCUGCCAUGGCGAUGAGUGACACUGGCUCGAGCUUCGCCAACUGGACCGACGACCUGUACCGCUACGACGCUCCGUGCCUGGGCGGCGCUGCGGCGGACUCGACGAUCGUCGCCUCCGCGACGCCGACGAGCCCGGCGUCGGCGGGGUCCGGCGACGGGAGCCCGUCCCGGGCGGCGGGCGGGGCCCUGGGCCCGCGGGUGGCGGGCAAGCCGGCGGCGAGGAAGCGGGCCCGCGCGUCGCGCCGCGCGCCAGUGACGCUGCUCAACACGGACGCCAGCAACUUCCGCGCCAUGGUGCAGCAGUUCACCGGCAUCCCCUCGGCCCCCGCCGGCCCGUUCUCCGGCGCUCCCGUCAUCAACUUCGGCGGGGCCUCCGGCUACGGCUUCGCGCCGCAGCAGCAGCCGGCGGCCGCCGUGUCCUUCGACCACCACCUCCACCAGCAGCGGCAGCAGUACACCGGCGCGGCAUUCGGCUACGGGAACCACCUGCAGCACUCCCUCUCCGGCGGCGACGCGUUCGCCCACGGGCUCGGCGCGGCGGAGGACCGGAUGCUCCUGCAGAGCAUGCAGGCGGCGCAGAUGCCCGGGGCGCGCGCCGCUCACAACAGCGCCAAUGGCUACUUCGCCUGAUCGAUCGAGUGAUCAUUAACUAAGUCACAUGCACGGAGUGAAAGAUUUUAGAAACACGGAGAUGAAUUGGCGUUCGAUCGAGCUUGUGUUUGAAUUUCUUGGCUUGUUUGUUCAGGGUAGUUCAUCCAUCACCUGCAGCUAUGUAAAUAUUUGAACGGAUAUUUGGAUUUUGCCUGUGAUUUUGUCA